UCCUUCCUCCUUCCUCCUCGGGCCUCCUCGGGCCUCCUCCGCCCCCGCCGCCGCCAUGAUCCUGCUGGAGGUGAACAACCGCAUCAUCGAGGAGACCCUGGCCCUCAAGUUCGACAACGCCGCCGCAGGAAACAAGCCCGAGGCGGUCGAAGUGACGUUUGCAGACUUCGAUGGCGUCCUGUAUCACAUCUCCAACCCCAACGGGGACAAGACGAAAGUGAUGGUGAGCAUCUCAUUGAAGUUCUACAAGGAGCUGCAGGUCCAUGGCGCCGAUGAGUUGCUGAAGAGGGUGUACGGGAGCUUCUUGGUCAAUCCGGAAUCAGGCUACAAUGUAUCCUUGCUGUACGACCUGGAGAACCUGCCCGCGUCCAAAGACUCCAUCGUGCACCAGGCCGGCAUGUUGAAACGCAACUGCUUCGCCUCCGUCUUCGAGAAGUACUUCAAGUUCCAGGAAGAGGGCAAGGAGGGAGAGAACAGGGCCGUCGUCCACUACAGGGACGACGAGACCAUGUACGUGGAGUCCAAGAAGGAUCGGGUCACGGCAGUGUUCAGCACGGUAUUUAAGGACGACGAUGACGUGGUCAUCGGGAAGGUUUUCAUGCAGGAAUUCAAGGAAGGGCGCCGUGCCAGCCACACAGCCCCCCAGGUCCUCUUCAGCCACCGGGAGCCGCCCCUGGAGCUCAAAGACACGGACGCCGCCGUCGGGGACAACAUCGGCUACAUCACCUUCGUGCUGUUUCCCCGCCACACCAACGCCAAUGCCAGAGACAACACCAUCAACUUGAUCCACACGUUCCGAGAUUACCUGCACUAUCACAUCAAAUGCUCCAAGGCCUACAUCCACACGCGCAUGCGGGCGAAAACGUCCGACUUCCUCAAGGUGCUGAACCGUGCGCGCCCAGAUGCCGAGAAAAAGGAAAUGAAAACAAUCACGGGGAAGACCUUCUCGUCCCGCUAACGUCGGGAGCAGGAGGAGGAGCAGGGAAGAGCAGGAGGCGGUGACGGACGGGUCCCGCGGGCCGGAGCGCACACACACACUGCCGGAACAUCCUAGCUUGGGAAGCGGCGCCCCUCCAGAUUCCCAAGAAAGACACCCCCCGCCCCGGCCCAUCCCUCCCCCCGGCCCCGAUCCCGUUUUGUACUCGUCCGGAAAAUAAUCUGCAGAAUCGAGCAGUGCUUGCAAGGACUUCAGAAUUCCCGAGAAUUUAAAAAGGAAAAAAAAAAACCACCCAAGGGGGGGGAAAAAAUGAUCUCACUUCGAAUCAAUUCCUUUUCUUGAUCUCUCCCCCCCGUCCCCACUCCCUCUUUCCGAGCUGUUUCGCUUGCGCAGUACGUUACUGGUAAUGAGUUGCAGGAAAAUACGCGUCGACUUGUGUUCUCUUGAAGUAUUUCGAGUCCCAAACCCCUGUAUCCGGAGGAUCGCGGUUGGGUCGUUAAUAAAGGAGAUCUUUCUAUCUUA